UCUCACUCACUCAUUCUCUGCAUCUUAACUAGCGCGAAUAUGGCGACCUUGAAUUUCUCUGUAAUUCCGGCAAGAGCGGGUGCCUCCCCGUGCUCUUCUUCUUCUCCUUCGCAACUAUCCAGAUUCAUUGAUUUCGGUUCGAGAGGCGGCAAAUCGAGGCUGUUCUUCUUCCGGACUUCGAUUUCAAGGAGGUCUCUUGUAGUGAAGAGUGUAUCAAGUGAGCCUAAGCAGAAGUUGCAGGAUUCGAUUACCGAAGAAGAUGCUCUUAGCAAUCCGAUCCCAUUCCCUCCAGAUGCUUCAUCCAUUGCCUCAAGUAUCAAGUACCAUGCACAAUUCACUCCAUUGUUUUCUCCAGAGAGAUUUGAGCUUCCAAAGGCCUUCUUUGCAACUGCACAAAGUGUUCGUGAUGCUUUAAUUAUCAAUUGGAAUGCAACAUAUGAUUACUAUGAAAAGUUGAAUGUAAAACAGGCAUAUUAUCUAUCAAUGGAGUUUCUACAGGGUAGAGCACUUUUGAAUGCAACUGGUAAUUUAGAGCUUACCGGUGCUUAUGCAGAGGCUUUGAGCAAGCUUGGACACAAUCUAGAGAGCGUGGCUUGCCAGGAGCCUGAUGCGGCACUUGGAAAUGGGGGUCUUGGGCGUCUUGCUUCCUGUUUUUUGGAUUCUUUGGCGACAUUAGAUUACCCAGCAUGGGGUUACGGACUUCGGUAUAAGUAUGGUUUAUUUAAACAGCUAAUUACAAAAGAAGGUCAGGAAGAAAUUGCUGAAGAUUGGCUCGAGAUGGGCAACCCUUGGGAAAUAGUGAGAAAUGAUGUCGCGUAUCCUGUGAAGUUCUACGGCAAGGUUGUUUUGGGAUCAGAUGAAAAACAGCACUGGAUUGGAGGGGAAGAUAUACAGGCUGUUGCUUAUGAUGUUCCAAUACCUGGAUAUAAGACAAAAACCACAAUUAACCUACGACUCUGGUCUACUAAAGUUCCAACAGAAGAAUUUGACUUACAUGCUUUCAAUGCUGGACAGCACACAAAAGCAUAUGAGGCCUUAGCAAAUGCCGAAAAGAUUUGCUCUGUACUCUAUCCUGGGGAUGAAUCAGAGGACGGGAAAGUCCUUCGUUUAAAGCAACAAUACACCUUGUGUUCAGCGUCACUGCAAGAUAUCAUUGCACGUUUUGAGAGAAGAUCCGGAGCUAAGAUUAACUGGGAAGAAUUCCCAGAGAAGGUGGCAGUGCAGAUGAAUGAUACUCAUCCCACACUUUGCAUCCCAGAGCUGAUGAGAAUAUUGAUAGAUUUCAAAGGUUUGAGCUGGAAGGAGGCCUGGAAUAUUACUCAAAGAACGGUGGCAUAUACAAACCAUACUGUUCUACCUGAGGCAUUGGAGAAAUGGAGUCUGGAACUAAUGCAGAAAUUACUGCCUCGACAUGUUGAGAUCAUAGAAAUGAUUGAUGAGGAGCUGAUUCGCACUAUUAUUUCGGAGUACGGAACCGAGGAUUACAAAUUAUUGGAGGAGAAAUUGAGGGAGAUGAGAAUAUUAGAGAAUGUUGAUUUGCCUGAAAGCUUUGCAGGUAUAAUUGUGAAACCAAAGGAAAGCCCUAUUGCUGUUCAAGAUGAGGAACUUGAAGCCACUGAAGCAGAAAUUGAACUUGUUGACGAGGAAGAGGAAGAGGAAGAGGAAGAGGAAGAGGAAGAGGAAGAGGAAGGAAAAACCCCUCAGGGAAAAGAGAAGGUGGUUCCAGAACCAGUGCCAGAGCCCCCGAAGAUGGCUCGUAUGGACAAUCUUUGUGUUGAGGAAGAUGAAGUUGAAGGAAAAAUCCCUCAGGGAAAAGAAAAGGUGGUUCCAGAACCAGUGCCAGAGCCCCCGAAGAUGGUUCGUAUGGCCAAUCUUUGUGUUGUGGGUGGGCAUGCAGUAAAUGGAGUAGCUGAGAUACAUAGUGAAAUAGUGAAGGACGAAGUAUUUAAUGCCUUUUACAAGCUAUGGCCUGAGAAGUUUCAAAAUAAAACGAAUGGGGUCACACCAAGAAGAUGGAUCUAUAUCUGCAAUCCAGAGUUGAGUAAACUCAUCACCAAAUGGACUGGUACUGAAGAAUGGGUCAAAAAUACCGAAAAGCUGGCUGAAUUAAGAAAGUUUGCAGAUAAUGAGGAACUCGAAGCCCAUUGGAGGGCUGUAAAAAGGAACAACAAGUUGAAGGUUGUGUCAUUCCUAAAACAAAAAACAGGGUAUUCAGUGAGCCCUGAUGCAAUGUUUGAUAUCCAGGUGAAGCGCAUCCAUGAAUACAAGCGACAACUGUUAAAUAUUCUGGGAAUUGUUUAUCGGUAUAUGAAGAUGAAAGAAAUGAGUGCUGCUGAGAGAGAAGAAAAUUUUGUUCCACGAGUUUGUAUAUUUGGUGGAAAAGCUUUUGCUACGUAUGUGCAGGCCAAGAGGAUUGUUAAAUUUAUCACGGAUGUUGGGACUACAGUAAAUCAUGAUCCCGAGAUAGGUGAUUUACUUAAGGUUGUCUUUGUGCCCGAUUACAACGUAAGUGUCGCUGAAUUGCUAAUUCCUGCAAGUGAGCUCUCACAACAUAUCAGCACUGCUGGAAUGGAGGCUAGUGGAACCAGCAAUAUGAAGUUUGCGAUGAAUGGCUGUAUCCUGAUUGGGACCUUGGAUGGGGCCAAUGUUGAAAUACGUGAAGAAGUUGGAGAAGACAACUUUUUUCUCUUUGGUGCUAAAGCACAUGAGAUAACGGGGCUGAGGAAGGAGAGAGCUGAGGGGAAAUUCAUUCCAGACCCACGUUUCGAAGAAGUCAAGGAAUUUGUUAGAAGUGGAGUUUUUGGUCCUUACAACUAUGAUGAGUUGAUGGGUUCAUUGGAAGGAAAUGAAGGUUAUGGUCGUGCAGACUAUUUCCUCGUGGGCAAGGACUUCCCAAGCUACAUAGAAUGCCAAGAAAAGGUCGAUGAGGCUUAUCGAGACCAAAAGGGAUGGACAAGAAUGUCAAUCCUGAAUACGGCAGGUUCAUACAAGUUUAGCAGUGACAGAACAAUCCAUGAAUAUGCCAAAGAUGUAUGGAACAUUAAGCCUGUUCGAUUGCCAUAAUCGUGUUAUCGGUGUAUGUAGCAUGGUCCGGCCUUUCCCCCCCCUUUUCUCCAUUUCUUUUCCUAAAUAAAGUAUGCUGCUGGACUGGAAUGUAUCUUUUUUUUUUAUCAGCGGAAUAAAAUUAGUGUAUUCUAAAUAAUACAAUGAGUUAUUUGUGGCGGAAACGAUUACACGUAUUGAAUUUCGGUUGAUUUUCUCGUACUCAUGUUGUCUAUCUAAGGACUCGAAUGAUGACAACAAUGAGUUAUUUAUAUGAAAAUAGCCAAAGAAUCGUUCAUGAAUUCA